AUGAGCAGCAGUGGACAUUGCGAUCGUCUGCAGGUGGUCGGCAGAGAAGCAGAAUAUGGAAUGAGAGACGAUGCUGGUCUACUCGACCAAGUACGGCAACUUAUUGUCGAUUUAGUCAUAACUGAUGAGCGUCGCAGUUGCAAUGUCUCUCUUUAUAGUGAGAGAAUUAGUGAUUGCGAUUCCAAGCAGACUGAAGGAACACAACAUGUGACUUGCCAUUUUUGUAAUAAUAAUGAAAUGGAUGUGGACAGCACUGCGAGAGAAACGUGCAUACUAACAGAUAAGCUGGCACAUGUACUACUUGAGCUUGCGGUAGAACAGGACAAUCUUCGUUUGGCUGCUAAAGCAGGCAAUGCAUUACUUGAAGAACUUAAAUGCGCACGUGAAGAGAUCGAUACUUUACAUGACGAAGUGGAGGUCACGCAAGGCGAAUGCGACCGAUUCAUGCGAGAAGCGCAACGUUUACGAGAUCAGAAUAUAUCGCUAGAGGCAGAGAUGCAGCGCUACAACGGACUGCACGAUGGGACAGGACUUCGUCCCUCACUCACCCCUUUCAGCGGCAGAGCUAAUCGAAUAGAUUCAUGCGAACGCUGCGGCUCUCAAGAAGUUGAAAUGGCACAACUUGAACAUCGCGGGAACGAAUUAAAGCGUCAGUUUAUAGAGCUUGAGCUAACUCGAGAGCGUGAUCAGCAGCGACAGCAAGAGCUAACAGAGGAGAUUACUCGUCUGCGUCAACGUAACCACGAGCAGCACGCUGAGACGGCUUACGCACAACAAGAGCUCGAAUGUGUCAUGACACAGCUGAACGAGCAAUCACAAGAGCUAGAGCGCGUGCAAGCUGGUCGCGAUUCGUUGCGCUGCAUGACACGGCGUCUUGAAGCCGAAAAUCAAGAGCUACGCGAUCUAAUAACGGUACGGGACGAAUUGGUUGCUCGGUUAGAAAGUGGUCAAGUACGAGCGGUGACACAGCUUCAGGUGGCGGCAAACCGGGCACAGGCUGAGACGAAACGCGUGACUGAAACGCUCCAACUAAUGGAAGAGCAUUUUGAAAGCGCACGUAGACGAGCGAGUGGCAUAAGACGGGAAGUGGCAGUGAAGUCUCAGGAAGAGACCGAAGGCUUAGAGCAGCUACUGCAAGACGCCCUACGUCAAGUGGCAGCUCUUCGAAUGGAAAAUCAACUUCUUCGUCAAGAUGCAAAUGAUAUGAGCUUAGGUGGCGGUUCUAGGCGGCAGACGGCGGAUAUAGUGACAACUGCAGCAGAUGUGCUAGCUUGUAAGUCACCUUCGCCGAUUGAAUUUUUGAAACGGGACAAUGAAGACGAGCUCAUUACACAGCCGCGCUCUGAUUUGCCGCCACUUGAUAUUGAGAGCAUCAUUUGCAUGGAUAAUGAUGCGUCGACCGAAACAAACACGCAAUUAGUCGUUAAGGACGGAAACACACGGCGGAGAAUGUCGCUAGAAUUGGAGUGGGAUCAGCAGACCUCUUUGCUUCCUGAUAUCACUCCCGUUGCUUUGCAAAACUUCGAUGACGAAUCUACAAAAAGCUUCCUUCUUACUGAAAUUGAGGAUGAGCAGCAGAGUUUUAUUCAUGCGCCUUUAAUUCUUAAACGUCCGGCAGCACGAUUCCAUUUAAAUUUCGGUAACGGUCAGAACUUAAUUCACAGGGUUACUGAGACUCAUAGCCCCAUAAUGCACUUGUGUGAUGGCGACGGGAAACGAGAAAUGCAAGAGUCGUUAGCAACGACUGCUCCAGCACCUCAGUCGUCCAUAGAAAAGAUAAGACGAGAUGCUGCAGAUUCGCCACCGAAAUCGCCAAUUUACUUGGGCUUAUCCUUUAUUGCGUGCGCUACUGCAGCCACUGCAGCUGGUCUAUUAGUCCGACGCUAA